CUCAAAUGACGUUGAUUCUGGUGCUUAUCUGCGAAAUAUGUAUAGCCUAUGGUUUUGCGCUUUGAUUUAGCUCCUGCUGUCGUUUAGCUGCCUUACAUCGGGCAGUUUCUAACUCACGCAAAAAAAUGAGUUGUACAGAGGAUAAACGUCUCAAUACAGAACUUACCAAGCUGGAAUGUCACUUUACAUGGAAAAUGAAAAAAGAGGAUACAAAUAUCACUGAUCAUUUAAUUAAACUAGAGGAUAAUCUGGAUUUAUAUCUGGGUCAGAAAGAUGGGAUUGCACGCACACACAACUCUUUGGCAUACGUCAAGUAUCUCUUGGGUUCUUAUGAAGAAGCCCUAACAAACCUGGAGAAAUCUGUGGAGCUCACUAAAGAUUGUUAUGGGGAAAACUGCGACGCGGGACUAAUUGUCACAUAUGGAAAUUUUGCUUGGUUACACUUUCACAUGAAACGGUAUGCUGAAUGCAAAAGUUACCUGGACAAACUGAAGGAGAUUAAGGAACAAAAACAACCUGUCUCUACUUUUGAUGUUCAUCCUCGUGUAGUCGGUGAGAAAGCCUGGGCCUUGUUUAAAUUUUCACGUAAAUACUAUAACAGAGCAAUAGAGUGUUUCAGAAUAGCAUUAGAGAUGGAGCCAGAAAGAGGCGAGUGGAAUGCUGGUUAUGCCAUUGUACUAUAUAGAACAGAAACUAAAUGCACUAGUCCAGAGGAUUCAACUGCAAUUCAACAACUCAGACAGGCGAUAGAAACAAACCCAGAUAAUGAUGAAAUAAAGCUUCUUUUAGCUCUGAAACUUGCUGAGUUUAAGCUGUUUGAUGAAGCAGAGGAUCUGGUGGAAAGGGCACUUGAUAAGUCUCCAGAUAGUCCACAUGUGAUUCGAUAUGUUGGGAAAUACAUGAGAAACUAUGGCCAACCUGUAGACCGGUCAAUUGGCUUGUUGAAAAGAGCUUUGGAGGGGACUCCGAAUUCAGGAUUUAUACACCAUCAGUUAGCUCUGUGCUACAAAAAGAAAAAACAAGAAUUUGGCUCGCAUAGUGACUGUAAGAAAUUUCUUCAGUUAUGCAUAUAUCACCUUGAGAAGGCUAUCACCCUGAAGAGUGGCUUCAUAUUUGCAAUGACAGAUCUAGCAUUUCUCUACGGUGAGGAUGGGCAAAUUGAGCGGGCUGAUGAAAUGUUUCAGAAAGCCUUGUCCACAGUUGAAGACAAGACUGAAGAUCAGCAGGCAGUUUACUUGCAUUACGGGGGGUUCCAGGAACACAGAAACAGGAGUGAAACUAUGGCUGUCAAUUAUUACAUGAAAUGUUUCAAAAUUGCACCUAACUCACGAAACGGCAUUAAGAGUGCUAUGAAUCUGAGGAAGAUUGCAGAUAAGCAUUUAUCUAAAAACAUAAAUGACACGUGGGCUUUAGGCAUACUAGAAAUCAUAGAGCAGGUAAAAGGUGGGAAUCAAUCCACUUCAGAGAACUGCGUACAUCUUUUAGAGUCUACAUGCAAUGAGGAUUAAUACAGAAUGUACAUUUAUUACAUUUUAAAGACUGUAAAAUGUGAAUAAUUGGAAAUUACUGCAGUUAUUAUAAUUGAAGAUUGAUUUUCCAAGAAAGACUAAAUGCAAAUAAAGCUAUAAAUCAAUUUAAAGGUAUUGACUGUGGUAACACUUAAGGUGUUUAUUCAGUUUACUGAAAGUGCUUAACAGCCGUUAUUUGUGUUUUCUAGCCUUAUUUCUAUAGCUUAACUUAUAAAGUUUGAUAUAUUUUUUUGUCAA